GCGUGAUUGGAGUAACAUAUGUAUGAUAUUGUUGUAGAAACUUUAUUGAACACACGUUAUAUUUGCAUUUCUCUAAAGCAAUGUCGCUGCUGUUUCAUGUUAUAACGAGUGCUUUGGUCUUGCAGUACGUGCAAGCAAUGAGCCUUUCAAGUAGAAAUGAUCAGAAAAAUAUCAAAUCCAGUGCGUACGGUAACUUAGAAGAUGGAAUAAAAUUUCUAAUAAGAUCCAAACACGACGGCCGGAGGUGCGAUUCGGAUGAGAAAAUGAAAAAGAAAUAUCUUAUAGAGAGUUUAAGAAUGCAUAUACCGAAGAAGAAAAUACAAUUAUUGCUGCGUGAUCAAAAGUCGGACACAACCGAAACUCCAGUGACACCACGUAAUAAAAAUUUUCUCGCGGAAUUAGUGGAAGCAGAGCUUAAGUAUGCAUUAGAAAAGAAAUCAUCAGCGCUCUACGAUCGGCCGGUGGUGGAACAAAUGGGUAGGAAUGACUUCCUGGUCAUCAAUCCUGGGGACUUGGAUCCUUUUGUUACGGUUAUACCUAACGAUAUAUAUUAUAAUCAUGAGAAGUCUUGUGUCAACUGGCUAGAAGACUGCAGCUACCAGGGUAUGCGGGCAAGGCUUUGGCGGAAACUAAAGUCUCAUGACAUUUGAAUUAAGUAUAGACCGAGACUGUCCUGGUGGGUAUAACAAACAGACAGAUCUAGCAGUGACUCUCUCAC